AUGGUGACUGAAGAUAGCGACUCCUCUGGGAAAAUCGGAAAUUCUAAUGUAGAUGAUGAUGGUGCCGAUAGUCUCGAGGGUUUGGAUGAAAAGUUGAGUCAGCUUAAAAGGAAAAUUCAAGGAGAGAGAGCUAGGUUUGUUAAAGAAAAAUUUGAGACUAACAGAAAGAAAGUGGAUGUUCAUGUUUCUCCUCUUUUAUCUGCUGCAUCAAGCCGGAUUACCGCAGGGGAUAUCGGAAAUAGCAAUAUGUUUUCAUCGAGAAUGGAAAAACCACUCUGCAAGUUAAAUGGUUUUACUCAUGGGGUUGGAGAUAGAGACUAUGUUCCUACUAAGGAUGUUAUAUCAGCAAGUGUCAAACUUCCAAGUGCCGAGAGAAUACCGCCUUACACUACCUGGAUAUUUUUGGACAGAAAUCAAAGAAUGGCUGAAGAUCAGUCUGUGGUUGGUAGGAGACAAAUCUACUAUGAUCAACAUGGUGGGGAGACACUAAUAUGCAGCGAUAGCGAGGAAGAUCCAGAACCUGAGGAAGAAAAACGUGAAUAUUCCGAGGGUGAAGACUGCGUCAUAUGGUUGAUUGGGCAGGAGUAUGGCUUGGCUGAGGAAGUGCAGGAUGCUCUCUGCCAGUUCCUCAGCUUAGAUGCUUCAGAUAUUCUGGAAAGAUACAAUGAACUCAAGUUGAAGAAUGAACAGAAUGUUGAGAACUUCUCUGAUUCCGGAUUCAAACUGGGAAUAUCUCUGGGAAAGAGCCUUAGUUCUGCUCUAGAUUCUUUUGAUAAUCUUUUUUGCCGUCGUUGCUUGGUAUUUGACUGUCGUCUGCAUGGAUGUUCUCAGCCUUUGAUUAGUGCUACUGAAAAACAGCCUUACUGGUCUGAUUAUGAAGGUGAUAGGAACCCCUGCAGCAAACAUUGUUUCCUCCAGCUUAAUGCGGUCAGAGAAGUACCAGGAGCAGGCAGUAAUUUUGCUUCUAAUGCAGAAGAGAAAGCUUCAGAAGAGGAAUGCAGCAAGGUUGUCUCCUCUGAUGACCCUCAUGAUUCUGCUGCUGGUGUCAAUCUGCAAGUUGAAAAGACUAGUAUUGGUUCCAAGAAUUUAGAUUCAUCCUCUGGUGUAGAACAAGACCAUGAAAGUAGGGGAAAGCGUGAGGUUUGGAAUCUUGAAGACUCCAAUGAUAUGCCUAAUUUAUCAAACAAAAAACAGAAGACUGCAGCAUCAGAUACAAAAAUGUCAUUUGUUAAUCCUAUCUCUAGCUUAGAUCAGGCAUUGGAUAGCACAAAGGGUGAUCAAGGGGGAACACCUGAUACAAAUGAAGUAAAUACAGACUCGGGAGCUGAUUUAAAAGAAGUAGCUGAGCCUAUUCCAGACAAUUCGAUCCAUGAUGGUGGUUCCUCAGUUUGUCAGCCAGAUCAUGGUAGUGGAGACGGAACAAUAAUUAUUGGAGAAAUGUCUGAGACAAGUCAACCAUCUACAGAGUGGAAGCCUAUUGAGAUGGAUCUUUACUUGAAGGGAGUUGAAAUCUUUGGGAGAAACAGCUGUCUUAUUGCAAGAAACCUGCUUUCUGGCUUGAAGACAUGCCUAGAUGUGUCAAGAUACAUGCGUGAAAACGAAGUUUCAGUUAUUCGAAGAUCUAGCACCCCAAAUUUGCUGUUAGAUGAUGGAAGGACUGACCCAGGGAAUGAGGAUGAUGAGGUGCCUCCAAGGACAAGAUUGUUCCGUAGAAAAGGUAAAACUCGGAAGUUGAAAUACUCAACAAAGUCUGCUGGUCAUCCAUCUGUCUGGAAAAGAAUAGCCGGUGGCAAAAACCAGUCCUGUAAGCAAUACACACCAUGUGGAUGCCUGUCAAUGUGCGGAAAGGAAUGCCCUUGUCUAACUAAUGAGACUUGCUGCGAGAAAUAUUGCGGGUGCUCAAAAAGUUGCAAAAAUCGUUUCCGAGGAUGUCAUUGUGCAAAGAGCCAAUGCAGAAGCAGGCAGUGUCCCUGUUUUGCUGCAGGCCGGGAAUGCGAUCCAGAUGUUUGCAGAAAUUGCUGGGUUAGUUGUGGAGAUGGUUCUCUUGGCCAAGCACCAAGACGUGGAGAAGGCCAAUGUGGAAACAUGAGACUUCUCCUGAGGCAACAACAGAGGAUCCUCUUGGGGAAGUCUGAUAUUGCUGGAUGGGGAGCUUUUCUAAAGAACUCGGUCAGCAAAAAUGAGUAUCUCGGAGAAUACACUGGCGAAUUGAUCUCACACCGUGAAGCUGAUAAGCGUGGGAAGAUAUACGACAGGGCAAACUCUUCUUUCCUCUUUGACUUGAAUGAUCAGUACGUCCUCGAUGCUCAACGUAAAGGAGACAAACUGAAAUUUGCCAAUCACUCCGCAAAACCCAAUUGCUACGCUAAGGUGAUGUUUGUGGCAGGAGAUCACAGGGUGGGGAUAUUUGCAAACGAACGAAUCGAAGCGAGUGAGGAGCUUUUCUAUGACUACAGAUAUGGACCAGACCAAGCACCGGCAUGGGCUCGUAAACCUGAAGGCUCUAAGAAAGAUGAUUCAGCCAUUACUCAUCGUAGAGCCAGAAAGCACCAAUCUCAUUGA